GUAGCUCACUGCCAGUUGGUCUGGGGGCUCGUGAGUGCAGUUCAGUCUGUUGUCCAGGCGGCUGCGCGUGCUGCCGUGCUCGGCUGCACUAUAUAAAAGCGGUCAGCGGCCAAAUCCCACACAGCCGCUUACAGCGUUACGGGGUUUUUUUCUAUUAUCGCGCCGGAGUAGUUAGACUCUCCUUUUCACCGCCGGCAUCGGCGUCCCCUCAGUACCCGGAGGAGAGGGGGUCCAGCGUGGCGUGACACCGCGAGGAGCGACCAGCAUGGACCCCAAGCGAAGGAUCGCACCAGCCCGGCGGCGGGGGCUUAAGCGGGCGCCCGGCCUCUCUCGGAGCUGACGGGGGUGACUCGGAGUCCGGAGCCGGCUCGGAGGAGGCUGCCGUGGGCUGCUGCAGCGACACGUUCAGCAGCCUGCCUGACAUGGAGCAAGAGACUCUGGAGGAGAAAUUGAGGGGACUGGCGUUCAGAAAACAGACGUCGUAUCGGAAAGCCAUCUCCCGCUCAGGCCUCCAUUACCUUGGCCCACCUCAGCCCUCGCUUCCUCCUGCGUCCAACGGCCCCACCAAGGAGCUACGUACCUGCGUGGACUGGACGGAGAACGCAGUGAACGGGGAUCACCUGUGGAUGGAGACAAGCUGCUCGGGAGAGCUCUGUUAUCUCGGAGAGGACACCUGCGUGCAAAAGACAGCUAAGUCGGCCCCCAGGAGGAAAUGUGCAGCCUGUAAGAUUGUUGUUCACACCGGCUGCAUGGAGCAACUAGAAAAGAUAAACUUCCGAUGUAAGCCGACCUUCAGAGAGGGAGGAUCCCGAACCCUGAGAGAUAACAUCCUCAGACACCACUGGGUUCACAGACGACGACAAGAGGGGAAAUGUAGACAGUGUGGAAAGAGUUUUCAGCAGAAGUUCUUCCACAGUAAAGAAAUCAUCGCCAUCAGUUGUUCGUGGUGUAAACAGGCCUUCCACAACAAGGUGACAUGUUUCAUGCUGCACCAGAUAGAGGAGCCGUGUUCACUGGGGGCCCACGCCGGAGUCAUAGUACCACCGUCCUGGAUCAUCAAAGUCAGGAAACCACAGAGCUCCCUAAAGAACUCUGCCAGAAGAAAAAAGCGGACAUCUUUCAAACGAAGGACAAGCAAGAAGGGAUUAGAUGAGUCUAAAUGGCGUCCGUUCAUGCUGAAGCCUCUCCCCUCUCCCCUCAUGAAGCCCAUCUUGGUUUUUGUGAAUCCAAAGAGCGGCGGCAACCAGGGUGCCAAAGUGUUACAGAUGUUUAUGUGGAUCUUGAAUCCUCGUCAAGUCUUCGACCUUUCGCAGGGUGGACUGCGCGAGGCGUUGGAGUUGUAUCGCAAAGUGCCAAAUCUGAGGAUCCUUGCCUGUGGAGGAGAUGGCACGGUGGGGUGGAUCCUGUCUGCUCUCGAUGAGCUGCAGAUGAAUCCCCAGCCUCCGGUCGCUGUGCUUCCUCUGGGAACAGGAAAUGACCUCGCCAGGACGCUCAACUGGGGUGGGGGCUACACGGAUGAACCAGUGUCCAAGGUUUUGUGUCAUGUGGAGGACGGUUCGGUGGUGCAGCUGGACAGGUGGAACCUCUUAGUAGAAAAGAGCUCUGCCCAGCCAGAGGAGGGCACACAGAAGCUGCCCUUGAACGUGUUCAACAACUACUUCAGCCUUGGCUUCGACGCGCACGUCACCCUGGAGUUCCACGAGUCCAGAGAGGCCAACCCAGAAAAGUUUAACAGUCGCUUCCGCAACAAGAUGUUCUAUGCAGGAGCUGCGUUCUCAGAUUUCCUCCAGAGGAGCUCCAGGGAUUUGUCCAAGCACGUCAGAGUGGUGUGUGAUGGCACAGAUCUCACUCCCAAGAUCCAGGAGCUGAAGUUCCAGUGCAUAGUGUUUCUAAACAUUCCCAGAUACUGUGCUGGCACCAUGCCGUGGGGAAACACGGGAGACCAUCGAGACUUUGAACCUCAGCGGCAUGACGACGGCUGCAUCGAGGUUAUCGGCUUCACCAUGGCCUCGCUGGCAGCGCUGCAGGUUGGAGGUCACGGAGAGAGACUUCACCAGUGCAGAGAGGUCGUCCUCACUACCUACAAGACUGUACCUGUUCAGGUGGACGGCGAGCCGUGUCGACUGGCUCCAUCCACUCUCCGCAUCUCUCUUCGAAAUCAGGCCAACAUGGUCCAGAAGAGCAAGAGACGCACCUCUGUGCCCCUGCUCAACGAUAUUCAGAAGGUGUGUGCAGCUGAUCUGCGCCGCCUCUCUGCUCCCCCUGACUCCUUCUCUGUUCCUCACGCUGUUCCAGAUCGUCUGCGUCUUCGAGUGAACCGGAUCAGCCUCCAGGAGUACGACAGGCUGCAGUAUGACAAGGAGCGGCUACGAGACAUAUCCAUCCCUGUUGGCAUAGUGGUGGUGAGGGGGGACUGUGACCUGGAGACCUGCAGACUUUAUAUUGACAGAUUACAAGAGGAUUUACACCAGGCGCCAUCUACUGGCCACAGAGUGCACUACCAGGAUGAAAGCAGAGGUGUCCCUCGGACCAGUUCAACCAGCAGACUGUCUGCCAACUGGAGCUUCUUGGAUUCCACGUCAGCUGACCGCUUUUAUCGCAUCGACAAGGCUCAGGAGCAUCUCCAUUUCGUGACAGAAAUCUGUCAGGAUGAAGUGUUCAUCCUGGACCACGAAACUCCAGUGGCGAGCCAGGGCUCGUCCACGGGGAUGCCUGAUCUGGUGGUGGAGCCCACUGCCAGCGCUCCGCUGACAUCAGACGAACAAGCUCUGCUGACAGCUGCAAGUUCUGGGGACCUCUCCACGCUCUCACAGUGUGUGGAUCGAGGCGUCAGUUUGUUGGUCCGAGACUCUGGGGGUUGUUCAGCAUUGCAUUUAGCUGCUCAGAGCGGACACGCAGACCUGGUCCGCUACAUACUGCAACAAGGCUCCAAGGUUCUUCUGGAUUUAACAGACACAGAGAGAGGUGACACUGCAUUGCACAAAGCAGCAUCAGGGAAGCAGCACGCAGUGUGUCGACUACUGGUCGAGGCCGGAGCGUCACUAGAGAAGACCAACUUCCAGGGGAAGACGCCGGCAGAACAAGCCGAUGGAGAUGCUGAGCUCGCCGCCUACCUGAGCUCAUCGUCCGCGAGCCACGAAGACCUGGAGACGGCCGUGUGAUCGCGAACACGCUCGCGCACUCUCUGUGUCGCUCUGGACUCUGCUCGCGCUCGACGUGGAGAGGAAAACGUUUGGAUUCGACUCUUCGGGCGGAGAAGUUGGGAGACGAGCCAGAGGAGAUGAACUGCUUCAGCUCGCAGCAGCACUGCAGAGGAGAUUUUACUGGUCUACUAUUUAUUUGUAUUUAUUUAUUCAUAUUCUAUUUAUUGGUUGUGCCGAUUGAGUGAGUGACUGAUCGUAGGACUAUCAGGAUGCAAGUGCAAUUGGACCAGCCGUCACAUGUCGUGAGUUCACCUGUUUCUCAUCUUAUAAGGGAUUCAUGCAUAUUUUACUCCCUGAGACUUCUGCAGUGGUUUAAAGUGUAUUAAGUGUCAUUUCAGCGCUCGUAGGAACAGUAAAAGUUUUUGUUUGUCCCUUAAAACGUGUGCCAAAGACAUUGCACUAACGUAAUGUCACAUCUCGUCUAAAAUUUCAGUCAUUUUCCCAUCAUCUGUCACAUGGUUUGAUUUCCACACCUUCACGAAACUUUCUUACGCCCGUGUCAUUAAAUAUGCAACACUAGCGUGUGCAAUCACGUGCUGCCCCCUAAGUCACACAUCACAAAAUAAAACUAACAUAUCCUCCCCGGGUGCACUCGUCCUGAAGUGCUUGUAAUGUUUUCCACUUUCGGCUUCUGGCGAGUCCCGACUCGACGCCACUUUAUAUCCUAUCAGAGUCGUUGCUCCGCUUGUCAGAUGAUUCAAAAAUCAUCUCCACAGAGCUUUCUGACUCCUUCAAGCAGCCGAUUACUUCCCGGAACACUUAGUGGACUAAAUGUGUCACAUUUUCUACAGUAAAAACCAUGAUUCAGAGCCACGUGUACAGAUGAGUUUUUAAAAGGUUUUUCAAAAUGAGGCUCUGCUCUUGCCCACUUUUAACAUUUAUUUUCAUUUUAUGUCUGCUUCACUGGAUCAUUUCUCCAACGUCUUGGCAUAUGUUGGAGUCUGAGAGGUUCACAAAGAGAUCUUUAAACUAAAGCUGCGAUUGAGUUAUUCACUUGUUUAAAAAUUUAUUGUGGCAAACAUGAUGGAGGACUUUAUUUUCCCCACAGCAGCCACACACAAAAAAUUACACAGGCUGAUAUUAGACAAGUGUAAAUGUAUUUCUGCUGAUAUUCUCACCCAAAAUUUCCAGUGUUUGUUUAACUUCGUCUGCAAACAUUUCUAAAAAAUGUCCAAAAGUGUUGUUUAUUGAAAGGCUUCUGAUGCACAAACUUCAAAUAAGCAGCAGACUGUUUUCGCUCCAAAUCCUCGUCCUGCAAGUCUCUCGGCUACGAGGGGAAAAUCCCCACUCACGCUCCCAUGGGUGCAACGAGAGCGGUCACCCAGUGAAAUAUAACCCCUCGCUCAUCUUUAGCCGAUCAGUCAGUGAUUUCUCAUAGAAGCUAUAAGUAUUUAGCUCUACUUGCACUGUCAGUAAUCCACAACAAUUCAAAACACGUAGGCAGUUUGACAUCAGACAAAAAGAUCAAACCUGUGAAAGCUUUCAACUUUUCACCUAGUUUUCUCACAAACUUCUUUUAACUACAGCUUUCUCUCCGAGUACAAACAACACACAGAACAAGUGACCGAGUGGGAUCAUUUAUGACUCCAGUCAUAUCUGUGUAUGUGCUGCUGUGACAUUUUUAUAACCAAUUAUGACUUUAUCAUUCGGAUUGUAUAACAUUUAAUAGAUUUUUAAUUAAAGAUGUCUGUUUUUUUAGCAUUAUAAGCUUUGAUUUUACUGGAAAUGACCAUUUCUAAUCACUACACUAUAGAAAGGCAUGUACGUUAUAUGGACCAAACAUAAGCUGCUCAGCCAUGCAGCUGAAAGACUCUGUUAUAUUGGGACAUUAUACACAUAAAAGAAACAUUAUGGCUAAGAUGAACACAAAUAGAGCCACAACAAGAAAAUCAUAACAUCAUGAGUGACCCCACCCGGUUGUUUGAGUAGCUAAAACCUCUUGUAGAUACCAAAAAGCAGCAUUUUUUGGCUCUUUCUGGGAUCCCAGAGAGUACAAAAAUAACGGAAUAAUCACGUGUUUCAGCAACCAUAAGCUCAUUAACUGAUGGAAAAUUAAUCACAUUUGUGUCAUAGAAAUGCCUAAAAUGUGCCGAUCUCUGUCACAUUUGUGGAUAUGUGCUUGUUUUCUUUGUCAUAUUUCUAAUAUUUUGCUUGUCUUGGUGAGAUAAAGGUGAUAAAGGUUUUGCUCUGGGAGCUGUUUUGUGAAAUUUCUUAGCCAAAACAAACAAAAAAAGAACUCAUAUUUCAGAACAACACAGGACUCCGACUCUUUUUGUGGACAAAAUUAGUGCUGAACCAUCAAACCAGUGACCGGACCAAGUGAUAGUGAGAGGGGACCAGUAUUAGCCCAGUAUGGAGGGAAUAAAACUAACCCAAGAUUCCCAACGUUCGCGUUUGAAAGCAUUUUUGGACGAUAGACCAGAGUCUGUUUAAAAAAUGGGAGAUUUAAAGUGUUUUCAUUGCAAUGUUUCUUUCAAACUAAGAUUUUAACUUUUCACAGUUGGAUAGUGUGUAUCUGGUACUCCUGAUGUGUGCGUGGGUGUGUGUACGUGCAUGUGUGUGUGUGUCUGUGUGUGUUUGCAGCAUUUGUCUAAGAAUAAAUUAAAAUCUGAGCCAUAUUCAAUGCAAUAUGAAUAGAUUAUGUCUUUUUGUUUUUGCAUUUUUAUGUUACUCAUUUACAUUACAUUAAUGUUUGUAACACGUUCGAGCAUUUAGCACCGAUGAGUACUGAACGUGCGGUUUUACUUCAGUGCUGGUUGGGAAAAUGAUUCUUGUUUCGUUUGUUCUUUUCUUUUGAGCGCAUGUAUGUCAGUGGAUUGAAACGACCCUGUGAGCUCUGCUGUAACCUGUGCUGAUAUUUGCAGGACAAAAUGCUCUCCCAAAUAUUUAAGGGGACAUUGUAAAGAGUCAUGAUCAGCCAUCGUAAAAGUCUGGCUCCCAAAGUCCCCGCUUACGUUUGGCUUUUCUCCCUUUCCCUCAAAAUUCAAACUAUUAGUCGCCAAGUUGUGUCCCCUGGUUUCCGGUACAUCACAGAUUGGCUCUGGAGUCCCUUCAGUGUCUUAGACAGCAGAUACCCUAAUAUGGUUAUCUCAAGCACAUGCCUCUGACUGUGACCUCCCCCACCACCUGCUGUUCAAACAUUACAUUUCUUUUUUUACUGCUGUACUGAAGCAAGUCCACUUCUGAGCUCAGACACACCGACCAGUGAACUAAAGAGAGAAGAAUGAGUAAAUAUGUACUGACGGGGUGUUGGUGCUUCGCAAGCACAACUAUUCCUGUGCAGAGACAAUCCCGCAGAGGCACCUAUUUGUGAAAUAUAUGUAAAAUUUAAGAGCGGUAAAAACAUUUGCAGCUGAGUCUAUUUUCACUGCACAAUUACCAACCAAUCAGAUCGAUCAGAUCUCUCUGCUCUGUUUUACCAAGGGUUAAAACGUAAGAUGAGUAAAGUCUCUUUUAUUCUAGAGCUUUAUUGUUUAAACGCUUCGAAUGUUCUUAGAAUUUCUUGACUGAAUCCACACUUUAAACGUUCAGAGCCGAUGUCUCGCUCUCUUUCUCUGCGGAGGUUUCUUGUUGCAGGAUGGCUUCCACAAGCCAGAUAUCAAACUCUUAACACUUCCUCUGAAUUUCAGCAGAUUACGUAACAGACAAAAUGUGUACAAUAAAACCACGAACUGAUCAUUUCCAGGAAGUGACUGUGCUCAUGUAAGCUAUGUUCGUUAUGAGCAGCACGCACACACACAAACACACACACAUACACAGGCUUAUUAUCACUCUUUCUAUUGAGUAGAAACAUGACUUUGAAUUAAACUGUGUCUAUCAUCAGCGUUGGUUAUGCAUGUCCUUUAUUUUCUUACCUCCCUGGGAUUAUGUUCUGGUAAUGGCAUAAAAAAAAAUGGCAUUAUUGAUGUUUUAACUGUUCAAUUGUUAUAAUUUUAAAUGAUUUAUACUCAAGUUUCUUCUAAGGCUGGGCACGUGGUUUUGUUUUGUUAUGUUUUAGUUUUGUUUUUUUGCUUUUGUAUUUUAUUUUUCUGCUACUGAUGAUGAUGAUGAUGGGAUUACUUGAAGUUUGUUGUUUUUAUUUUGUUAUUUGGUAAAAGAAGAUGUGACGCUGUUG